AAAUGGAGCUCAAAAUCAAUAUUGAUGGAUUAGAGCGGAGUGUGUCUGGUGUGACGGACACUACGACAUGCUCUCAGAUAAUCUAUGCGCUGGCACAUGCGACGAGUCAAAGGGGUCGAUUUGUAAUGGUGGAAAAAUAUCGAAACGUGGAACGCCGAUUGGCACCGACUGAUCGACCUCUGGAAACGCUGCGCAAAUGGAGGGAACACGCCGCAAACGUCACAUUUCAAAUGCUUCGUGUCGAUCAAAACGACGAAAUUUGUGAUCUAGUGGAUGAGUCGGUGCCGCUUGAGCCUGCCAAACCCUACUUUCAUCCGAAACAGACAUCGACGAGUAGUAUGGUCACUUCGUUACCAGGAAGAAGUGCGGCGGGCCAGCAGCAGCUUGAAAAUGGACAAAGAAGCACUAGUUCGUUGCCAACUUACGCCUCGGCAGGUGGUGUCACUGGCACUCUCGGACGCAACACCCGUCGGCCUCCGCCACCAGACUACAUGUCAGUCAUGGAGAAAAAGAAUAUCACGAUGGGCGCCGCCACUAUCCCACAGAAAGACGAUUUUGAUUGUUUCAAAAGAGCCGACGUGAAAAAGUUGUCGGAAACGAUGAAUCAACAAGAAGUCGCCGAGUAUCUUGUGCAGGAGGAAGAGCUUCGUCAACUGCUUAAGCAACAGAAAAAUUUGCGAGCAAUUCUGAAGCCGAUGAUCGCUGCAAACUGGCCGCAACAAUACCAACUUGAGCUCAAGAAAUCGCACAAGCUGAAGGCUUCGCUAGCAGCUACAAAAGAAGCAAUCAACAAGACUAGAAGUGACAUCUUGCGCGUCGAAGAAACCGAAAAAGACUUGAUGAAGAAGUUGGCCGAGUUCAAGAAGCAAGAUGAGAAUGGAGAUGAGAAUUCAGAAGUCUUGGAGACAUCUUUCGACUUGGGAUGUUCAGGGACCUCCACCCCACUAACUGUCAUUGCCUGAGCUCCUUACUUUCAAAAUUUUAGCGUUCAUGUUAUCUGUGUAUUUUUGUCGAUCCACGUGUCAAGCUAUCGGCUUUAUCCCACUUCAGUUAUUUCAAGUUUUUCCCUCUCACAAACCCCCACUCAAGAAUUGGCUUCAUUCCUUACCGCAUUAUUCAAUCAUCAGACUCUGGAAAGUUUACAUUUUCCCACGAAUCACUUUUUUCUGUAUUUGUUUCUAUAUGUCAUUUCUCCUUACUUUCCCUGUGCAUUUACCCAUUUCUAUUCCCCCAGUUGUCCAACAAAAAGUUCCCAAAAAAAUAACCAAGCAAACUGAUCAGAAAUAAAAUAAGCAGUUUAU